AUGCACGUUCUAGGCAAAACGUUAGCAUUAAUCGGGAUAUCAGCUACCUUUGUGGUCAACGCGGCCGAUGCGAAUGUCCCCCACGUGGUGGCGAAGAUGAGGACCUGGAUACAGAUGGGGAUCUUGAUGUUAAUGCGGUUGUUGCUGCAAUGGAGCAAGCAGAAUCGGCAGGUGAACCUUGUUGGGUGGAGAGUGAGGCUUAGAGAAUGGAGGAGGGCAGGUAAUCAAUAUUUAUUUUCAGCAAGUCGCGAUCUAGAUUAA